AUGCCAUCAUUGCUUGGACCGAAACAAUUGUCUGGCAAUCGUGUUUACGCUAGCACUCGGGGCUCUAUUGACAAUCUCCCAUGUGCCGGCCUCGAGAAAGAAAUCCAUAUCGCCGGAGAUUACGACAGCGAGAAGAAAUACCAGACAGGGAAAUUUUUUCCCUAUUUUGAUACAAGCAAGCUGAAUGCAGAAGCAAUCCAGAACAUCAAGGACAGAGCCAUGUCCACUUCAGUGAAGUUCUUCCUCAGCAUCGGAGGCCGUGACUCCAAAUUCCCAUUUGCUGUCACUUCUGCUCAGCAAUCCGCCUGGAUCCAAAAUGCCACUGAAAGUCUCAAGGAAAUCUUUGCCGACUCAAUUCAGAAAGUGAUAUGGAGGCUGAAGAACGAUAAAACCAUCUCCAGUGCUUCCGUCACUGUAUCAGCUCCUCUCAGCAAAAACUAUCACGACUUGUACAAGAAAAACGACAAAAAUUUUGACUAUGUGGUGUACCAGUCCCAUACUGAGCUUUCUCCCAUCUCCACUUUUCAAGAGGUCGGAGCCGUCUUCGACAAACUGCCUUAUCCCAAAGAGAAGAUCUUAGCUGGGCACAGUGACGUCCGUCCCGGCGACUGGACUACUGUCCCGCCGCCCAUCUUCCUCGGUGCCGUUCCUCAGCUCCUUAACAAGGGACUCUUUGGCAUUUCCAAGUGGAUCGUGACCCCUGAAGAUUAUAACCCUGAGCCUUGA